AUGCCCGCAAGAAGAAUUCUUUUCCUCACCAAUAGCGAGCUUGGACAGUGUAAUGUCGCUCUCGCAGUUGCCGAGGAGUUUCUGCGCCGCGGCGAGUUUGCUGUCCAUAUUGGAUCAUUUAAACAACUAGCCCCCCUAGUCGAGGAUAUGAAUCAACGCCUUCAUUGCGGACAGGCGGCGAUCUUUCAUCAAGUUCCAGGUCCGUCAAUGAAAGAUCUUGCCGAUCGUGUUCCCUGUGACCAUAUCUCGCACCGACCCGGUGUGAGAGGGUCAGUCCAGGGCUAUCGCAAAGUUUUUGGAAUCUUGCAGAAUUGGCGACCUGCAGAAUAUCUCGAGGCGUAUCGAGCCUGUGGGCUGAUGAUUGAAGAUCUGCGUCCAAACAUCGUCGUCAUAGACCCCAUUUUCCAGCCUGGUCUUGAUGCAUGCCGGAAUACCACAGUCCGAGUGGCUAUAAUCUGGCCGGUACCUUUGAAGGACGUGGUCAUCGGUAUCCAGCCCAAGGGCGCCAUUUUAUGCAGGUAUCCAGCAACAGGCUCGGGCUUCCCGUUCCCAGUGCCUUUGAGCCUCGUUCUUUUGAAUAUCUUUUUGAUAGUCAGAGCACUUUUGAUGAUGGCCACUGCGAAACCAGAGCCCGAUAAGCUCCAGGGUGGCAAGAGACCCAGCGGAAGAAGUCCUUUCCCACUGAUUCAAGCCUACACAAAGAAUUGGCUGAACCUAACUCCCGCAUUCGAGGAGUUGGAUUUUCCGCUCAAUGUCCCGAACAACGUCAUCUCCUGUGGUCCCGUUCUUCGUGGACAUCUACCUCUCUCGAAGGCGGAUGCCGAGAUCGAGGCGUGGCAUGCGAAACCCACUAUCCUGAUCAGUCUGGGAUCGCACGCUCCGCUAUCAGAGACCAACGCUUUGCAAAUGGCAAAAGCGAUUCAAGCAGUCUUAGCUCAGCAGCCCGAUCUCAAGAUUCUUUGGAAGCUGAAAUUUGCCUGGGAAAACUCGAAGAAAUUCAACGAGAUUUUGAGACCAUCAAUUGAAAAAGGUAGUGUGAGAAUCGUUUCAUGGAUUCGGGCAGAUAUAAUGUCCAUCCUGGAUUCCGAACGUGUUGUGGCAUUUGUGCACCACGGCGGGGCCAAUUCGUUCUUUGAAGCAUGCAAGGCUGGCGUAUCUCAAGUCGUGUUACCGCAGUGGCUUGACACUUACGAUUGCGCGACUCGGGUUGAGUGGCUUGGGAUUGGAGUCAAUGGCAGCCGAGCUGCAGCUCCAGAUAUUGACGCUGAGGAGCUUUCUCAAGCGCUGUGCCGUGUGUUGACAGAUGAGAAUAUACGAUCUCGUGCAAGAGCUGUCAAGACUCUAUGCAAAGAGGAAGGACGCGUGAAGGCUCAUGACGAAAUCCUCGAAUUUUGCACACAAUAA